AUGGGAGCGCGAGAAGCAGAGCAAAGACUCAAAGGCACAGUGUCAUCCGACAAGAACGAGAUCUUAUUCAAGGAGUUCGGAAUCAACUACAACAACGAACCAGAGUGCUUCAAGAAAGGCACGGUGCUGUACAGAGACCCUCGGAAACUGUCUUUACCGGUCCAUCGAUCAACUUCAACACUCAAAGCCACGAGAGAUACUUCGGAUGAGAAGGAGAGCAUCGUUAGCCCCCGAGAUGCGACAUCGACGCCGCCCCGCAAAGUCAGCCCGCCGAUCCAAAAGAACAAGGCUCUGCCCAGUCCGCCAAUGAGCGCAGAAGAGGAGAUGCGCACGCGAGAGAAGGUCAAGGGAAACAGCCCACGGCAAGACUGGAGCAAGUACGCCAUCAACGGCAGUGAGUCGCCCCAGCGAAGGCCGAGCGACUCAGACAACAGAGCGGGUCAAGGCUGGGGCACCCAAGACCACAUCUCCCACCCAGGCAUUGCAGAACUCCACGCCUUUUCCACACCAACACAGUCUGCGCCCACAUCAGCAACCUUACCAUACCCUCAUUCAGGCCCCGAUCUCCACACCCUAAUCUCCUCAACAUCCGCUGCAGGGCCAAGCUCCCAACCCUUUCCCACCAGUCGCCCGUCCACCAGCAGUCGCAACAAAGACAGCAGCACACACAAACCCUCCAAGUCCAACUCUUCAAAGGCCAGGCCGGAUAAAGGCAAACAACCACAGUCGGAAACGAAUGGUAAGGCUGCAGCUACUGCGCCUCAACAGGCGAAUGAAGGAUGGCCCGUACCCAUGAGUCGUACGCAAAGAGAUAAAGAUAAGAAGAAGCGGAGCAAGGCGACGGUGCUUAUGGAGCACGUGGAUAUCAUCAAGGAUGAUUUUUGGGAGAAGAGGCCCUGGAUUCUGAGUGGGAAGACGGGUUGA